CAAAAUUUUGUCUCUGGCCGAAUUCUCCAUUUCGGAUCUCCAUUGAAAUACCGUGUGUGCUUGAUUUUGCCGCGUUUGAACGCAUGCUGUGAUCCACAUUUGAAUAAAAGAAACCGGCAAAACUAUUUUAUUAUUUAGUGUCGUAAUAAACUUUCUUUUAAAGCCGAAUUAUAUCUAUAGUUUGUUAUAAAUAAAAACGUCAAAAUGUUUUGGGGACUUAUUAUGGAACCGAACAAACGGUACACCCAAGUGGUGGAGAAACCGUUCCACAUCUCACAGGCAGCUAUGGACAUCAGCACCGGAGACAAUGAUCCCUGCCAAGUUAUGGUAGUAGUCGAUGGCAAGAACUUCCUAGUGUGCACAUUACAGAAGGGCAAGAUUAUCCAGGUGCCCUUGGACUUGUAUUUCAAAUCUGGAGAUUCAGUUUCAUUCUUGACAAAUGGUAAAUGCAAUGUUCACUUGACUGGUUACCUUGAUCCUGAGUUUGAGGAGGAUUUGGAGGAUGAGGAAGAGGCUGAAGAAGAAGAGGAGGAGGAGGAGGCUCCACCUCUAGUGCCAGCUAAGAAUAAGAGGAAACUCGAGAAUGCCAAUGAUGCCACAGCUAACAAAAAGGCCAAGCCUGACAAGAAAGCUGGCAAGAACAGUGCACCAGCAGCAGAAAGUGAUUCAGAUGACGAUGAUGAAGACCAGCUUCAAAAGUUCCUUGACGGAGAAGAUAUAGACACUGAUGAAAAUGAUGAAUCAUUCAAAAUGAACACAUCAGCUGAAGGAGAUGACAGUGAUGAAGAGGAUGAUGAUGAAGACGAAGAGGAUGAAGAAGAUGAUGAUGAGGACGAUGAAGAAGAGGUAGAAGAAGCACCCAAGAAGAAGAAGAAACAGCCAGCCGCAGAGCAGGACUCAACACUGGACACAAGCAAGGAGUCUGUGGACAUGUCCAAACUGUCCAAGUCACAGAAGAGAAGGCUCAAGAAGAAGCUCCAACAACAAGCUAAACAACAGCCUCAAGUCAAUGGAGUUGAUAAGCCUAAGAAAGAGGAACCCCAACAGAAGGCUGAAAAGAAGAAGCCUGAGGCCAAGAAAGAAGAGGCUCCAGUAGAGAAGAAAGAAAAGAAACAAAUUGCUGGUGGUGUUUCUAUUGAAGACCUCAAGGUCGGUUCUGGACCUGUUGCUAAGGCUGGCAAAGUUGUAAUGGUUUACUAUGAAGGUCGCCUUAAGCAAAACAACAAGAUGUUUGACAACUGUGUGAAAGGACCCGGCUUCAAGUUCCGCCUAGGAUCCAAGGAGGUCAUCUCUGGCUGGGAUGUAGGUAUUGCUGGCAUGAAGGUUGGAGGCAAGAGGAAGAUCGUCUGCCCACCUGCGAUGGCGUAUGGAGCCAAAGGAUCACCUCCAGUCAUCCCACCAAACUCAACUCUAGUAUUUGAAGUUGAACUGAAGAAUGUGAAAUAAGUGAAAUGUUGAUGAAUGUGCCAGUAUGUCGAGAACUUGUUGAUUUGCUUUAAUUGAAUGUUUAUUGAAAGGUUGACAUUGAAUGCAUGAUUGUUGAAACAGUUACAAUGUGCUCUAUCUGCAAUAAGUUUAUUUUGUGUGAAUUAGAAGAGGUGCUACAUAUUGUGUAACAUUAUGAUACUAUUUCUUCAAUCAUAUCUUGUUUUUCAUAUGAAAAAUAUCUUUAUUCUGAAAUUACAUAAUUGUUUUUCUAUUGAACAUCAGUAAAAUAUUGCAGGUAUACCACAUUGUUGUCUACAGCAUAAGUUGUCUUAAGUUAGUUCAUAAGGAUUUUACUGGACAUGAUAACUUAAAUUCAGCUGCAGAAUAAACAAAAUUGUUCUAAAAAAAUUUUGGUUUCUGAAAUAUAUCCUGUCACUUUUACCCAAAUUCUAUUUCCGAUAAAAUAUUAAUUAAAUGUUUUUUUUUAAUAAAGUACCAAUAGAAUGAAGCCUCUGAUGUAAAUGUGUGACAUCUAUUUCUGGUUAGAUAGUUAUUAAUUCCGACUAUUAUUAUAUAAGGUUAUUUUACUAAGAAGUUUUUCAUGGAAGACUUUCCAUAGUAAACCAGUAUGCAUUAUACAUGUAAGAGUAAAAGAUAUGUUUGAAUUUUAAUAAAAAACUAGACAAUCAUUCAGAGCAUGGACUAAUUUAAAUUAUUAGUUCAUGAUGCAGAGUAACACUCAACAAUGAUUAUCUAGUUUUGGGACAAGCAUAGUCAUCUGCAUGUAUUCUACAAACUGUUGGUAUGACUAAGGUACUCUAAUCAAUCAAAAUAUUGUGAAAUAAAAGUCAAGAAGUCUA